GCCGCCAUCUUGCAUCUACAAGCGUGUGUACAUCGUCGACCGGUGUUUGUUUUGAUGUGUAUAUUAUCGUAUGUUUAACACAUGAUCUCUAACUAGCGCACAAUGGAGACAUUGCUAGAGCAACAAAGAAGGUAUCACGAGGAAAGGGAACGACUUAUGGAUGCUAUGGUCAAAGAAAUGAAUUAUACAACAAAGACACAUAGAGAAAAGAUAAACUCAGACCAGCGUUUACGCCAGUUGCUAGAUAGACAUGUGGAGUGUUCUGGGGAGUUGAAGGAUCUUUAUGAAGAUAAAGAUGGCAUGAGAAAGGAAGAGGUUGCAGCUUUAACUGGUCCAAAUGAGUUUGCAGAGUUUUACAGCAGAUUAAAAGGAAUCAAAGAGUUUCACAGAAAGCAUCCUAAUGAGAUCAGCAUACCAAUGUCUGUGGAGUACGAUGAGUUAGCAAAAGCAAGAGAUAACCCCACAGAAGAGAUGCAAAACAUGGUAGAAUUUACAGAUGAGGAGGGUUAUGGUAAAUACCUUGACCUGCAUGAGUGCUUUGAGAAAUUUGUCAACUUGAAGGGAAUUGAGAGAAUUGACUACUUGACAUAUCUGGGGACUUUUGAUCAACUGUUUGACAUUCUGAAAGACAGAAAGAAUGCUGCAUACAAAGAUUACCUGCAGACUUUGUUGGAGUACUUGGAGGACUACACUACAAGGGUGAAGCCUCUUAUGGAUCUGAAUGAUGAAAUGGAUGCGGUGCAUAAGGAAUUUGAAAAGCAGUGGAAUGAGGGCACUUUUCCAGGAUGGCCAAAAGAGACAAGUGGUGCUUUGACCCAUGCUGGUGCACAUUUGGAUCUAUCUGCUUUCUCUUCAGCAGAGGAAUUGGCUUCACUAGGUCUUGAUCGACUCAAGUCUGCCCUGAUGGCUUUGGGAUUAAAAUGCGGAGGAACCUUAGAGGAGAGAGCUCAUAGGUUAUUUAGCACAAAAGGACAGAGGCUGAAAGAUUUGGACCCAACAUUAUUUGCCAAGUCCAAACCAGGAAAAGCUGGGAAAAGCAGGGAUAAUGAAAAACAGAAGGAGAUAGCAGCACUUGAAGCACAGAUAUACAGAUUUAUAGAGCUUCUCAGCGAACAGAGGCAGGCAACACGAGAAAAUGUGCAGCGCAAGCAAGCACGUACAGGAGAUGAACGGGAGGAGUCUGAUGAGGAACAUUUCAGUGAAGAUGAUUCAGAUGAUGAUGAUGACGAUGACAUCCCAUAUAAUCCAAAAAAUUUACCCUUGGGCUGGGAUGGCAAGCCAAUCCCAUAUUGGCUGUACAAAUUACAUGGCCUCAACAUCAACUAUAAUUGUGAAAUAUGUGGAAACUAUACCUACAGAGGACCCAAGGCAUUCCAGAGACAUUUCGCUGAAUGGCGCCAUGCUCAUGGAAUGAGAUGUCUUGGUAUACCAAACACUGCACAUUUUGCCAAUGUCACAUUAAUAGAAGAUGCCAUUGCAUUGUGGCAGAAACUCAAAGGCAAUAAAGAUGUAGAAAGAUGGAAACCUGACACAGAGGAGGAAUAUGAGGAUUCUGCCGGCAAUGUUGUAACAAAGAAAACCUUUGAAGAUCUGAAGAGACAAGGACUCUUAUAAUGCAACAUAUUCUCAG